AGCGGGAAGACGCAGAAGAAAGAAAUAGCAUACACGCAUAUAAUCAAGCGACUAAAAUGUAAAUAGAUCGCAAACAAAGAAUGGUAGGGCUAUACAGUCACGUGGAACAUUCCCACUCCUGAACACCAAUACCUUUUUCACCUGCAUACAGUCUGUGGAGCGUCUCUCUCAUUGUUUUCCGGCUUCCUUACGCACAACUCAGACCGUCGAUGCAGAUCUUCGUCAAAACCCUCACUGGGAAGACGAUCACCCUCGAGGUCGAGUCCUCGGACACUAUCGACAAUGUAAAGGCGAAGAUCCAGGACAAGGAGGGCAUUCCACCUGAUCAACAGCGCCUGAUCUUUGCUGGCAAACAACUGGAGGAUGGCCGCACUCUCAGCGACUACAACAUCCAAAAAGAGAGCACUCUCCACCUCGUGCUGCGUCUGAGAGGCGGUAUCAUCGAGCCUUCGCUCAAAGUUCUGGCCGGGAAGUACAACUGCGACAAACAAAUUUGCCGCAAAUGCUACGCCCGUCUUCCACCCCGUGCGACUAACUGCCGCAAGCGGGGAUGUGGCCACAGCAGCCAGCUCCGCCCGAAGAAGAAACUGAAGUAGGCGUCCUGUCUUCUUCGUGGUUCACCAGAACGCAUGUCCUCCGACAGACCUAUGCUUACAAUCCAUUUUCACGUAUGCGUACUUGUACCACCUGACGAAUUAUUGACAUGCUGCCAUAACUUUCUGAGCUUCCUGAGUGGAAGUGCC